GCAAAUCAUCAUGGAUCGAUCCGUUUCCUUCGAUCUUCGCCGCGACGACGACCUCCCGAACGAUCGGAGCAGCGACGUCGGAUACACCGCCAACGAUCGGAGGCUCGCUUACUCCCGAUCCUUUCACCACUCUCACGGCCCGCGAACCCCCGCGGCUGCGACCAAGCCUUUUCUCGAUAGGACGGUCUCCGCGAUCGAUAUGCCGCCGGAGAUAUACUCCGUCGACGGGGAUGACGUGUUUUUCGGGGGAGGGAAAUCGGCGACGGCGAUUGGGAGAGUUUCGGCUUUGCGUAUGGUUUUUGUGGUUUUUGGUGUGUUGAGAAAUGGGAAUCGGCAGAUGAAGAGGCUGUUUCUGUUGAUUUCGCUUAAUGUUGCGUAUUCUACCACGGAGCUGUUGAUUGGGUUGUUGACUGGGCGUGUAGGUUUGGUAUCCGAUGCAUUCCAUUUGACGUUUGGAUGUGGUCUCUUGACGUUUUCUUUAUUUGCAAUGGCAACUUCAAGGAAGAAGCCUGAUCAUGCUUACUCAUAUGGGUACAAAAGACUUGAAGUUCUAUCUGCUUUCACUAAUGCUCUGUUUCUUAUGUUCAUGUCAUUCUCCUUGGCUGUCGAAGCUCUUCAUGCAUUUAUACAAGACGAGUCUGAGCACAAGCAUUAUCUGAUUGUAUCAGCGGUAACGAAUCUGCUGGUGAACCUACUAGGUGUUUGGUUCUUCCGGAAUUAUGCUCGUGUCAAUAUUGUGUACAGAAAGGCAGAAGACAUGAACUACCACUCCGUUUGCUUGCAUGUUAUAUCAGAUUCCAUCCGCAGUGCAGGUCUGAUACUUGCAUCUUGGCUCCUCUCUCUCGGGGUUGAAAAUGCAGAGGUCUUAUGUUUGGGAUUGGUAUCAGUUACAGUGUUUAUGCUUGUUAUGCCACUCUUCAAAGCCACCGGUGGUGUCUUGCUUCAGAUGGCACCUCCAAACAUUCCUUCUUCCGCAUUAAGCAAAUGCUUGAGACAGAUUACAUCUCGAGAAGAUGUCGUGGAGGUAUUACAGGCACGUUUCUGGGAGGUUGUACCUGGUCACACUGUUGGCUCACUCAGAAUCCAGGUGAAGAGCGGGAUAGAUGAAAGGCCUUUACUGCAAUAUGUUUAUGAUGUAUACCAUGAUUUGGGUGUACAAGACUUGACCCUGCAAACUGAUUACAUCUGAGCUGCAUCUGCUUCUAUGUUCUCAAAUACUGAGGAUUUUGGAUGUAUACUAGUAGAGAUAAUGGUUCAAUAGGAAGAUAACACUUGGUUUCAAGCUUGCGAGUUUCUUAUUACUCUUGUUUAGAAUUUUAUUUUCCUUUUCCCAUUUGUCUUUUGAACCAUACACACAAGGACCACAAUCUUUGUAAACUCUUUUAGCCUUUCAAGUUAGUUUCUCUUUUGGCUAAAAUUUUGCAUUUCUAAAAUACCUUUUUUU